AUGCGUAAUUUCCCAGAAGGCUUCCUUACUUUAGAAUCUCUCCUGACCCCGCCCUCACCCUUGCAGAUAAUUGGGACCAUCCCACUGAUGCCUAGUCCGGGGCCAUCAGGCCAAGCGGCGAGCGGCACUCAGGGCCUUCAGGUGCAGCCAAUCACCCCCCAGCUCCUGACAAACGCACAGGGCCAGAUCAUCGCCACAGUCAUCGGGAACCAGAUCCUGCCAGUGAUCAACACCCAGGGCAUCACUCUGUCCCCCAUCAAGCCAGGCCAGCAGCUCCACCAACCCUCCCAGACGUCAGUGGGUCAAGCAGCCUCCCAAAGCAACCUUCUGCACCUGGCUCCCAGCCAAGCCUCCAUGUCUCAAAGUCCCGUCCGGCAGGCUUCCUCUUCUUCCUCCUCAUCCUCCUCUUCUUCAGCUUUGAGCGUGGGCCAGUUAGUCAGCAAUCCUCAAACGGCAGCGGGUGAGGUGGAUGGGGUUAAUCUGGAGGAGAUCCGAGAAUUUGCCAAAGCUUUUAAAAUCCGGCGCCUGUCCCUUGGCCUGACGCAGACUCAGGUGGGACAGGCUCUGAGUGCCACGGAGGGCCCCGCGUACAGCCAGUCGGCCAUCUGCAGACACACCAUCCUGAGAAGCCACUUUUUCCUACCACAGGAAGCCCAAGAGAACACUAUAGCUAGCAGUCUGACAGCCAAACUGAACCCUGGCCUUUUGUAUCCUGCCAGGUUUGAAAAGCUGGACAUCACCCCUAAAAGUGCCCAGAAGAUCAAGCCGGUGCUUGAGCGGUGGAUGGCUGAGGCUGAGGCCCGCCAUCGAGCAGGUAUGCAGAACCUGACCGAAUUUAUCGGGAGUGAGCCAUCCAAAAAGCGCAAGCGGCGCACCUCCUUCACACCCCAGGCCCUUGAGAUCCUCAAUGCCCACUUUGAGAAGAACACACACCCCUCUGGGCAGGAAAUGACCGAAAUUGCUGAGAAGCUGAACUAUGACCGGGAAGUAGUUAGAGUUUGGUUCUGCAAUAAGAGGCAAGCCCUGAAGAACACGAUUAAACGCUUAAAACAGCACGAGCCAGCCUCAGCAGUCCCUCUGGAGCCCUUAACAGACUCUCUGGAAGAAAACUCCUAAGGAGACGCCCACCACAUCAUCAGACGCAAAAUUCACAGAAACUCACUCCACCCUUGGUACCUCCAACAAACAAAAAAAUUAAAAAAAAAAAAAAGUCCCAGUCAUCACCCUUGUAAGUAAAAGACUAAGAAAACUACCAAGUGGACAGAAUGGUUUAUACAUGUCCGUUGGUUUUCCAAAAACAAACAAAAAAAAAUUUUUUUUUGAAAGUUUUUAAACAAGGAAUAUACCA